AUGACGAAGGAACAUCAAUUAGAAUCGUUAGACUCUGAACAAGUCAAAUUGUUAGAAGAAGAAUGCAUUGUUGUCAAUGCAGAGGAUGAAGUUAUUGGCCAUGAUAGUAAACGUAAAUGCCAUCUCAAUGAGAAUAUUAGCCAAGGCCUCCUUCAUAGGGCUUUCAGCUGUUUCCUUUUCAAUUCGAAAGGAGAGCUACUUUUGCAACAGAGAUCAAUGGCUAAAAUUACCUUUCCUGGCUAUUUUACCAAUACUUGUUGCAGUCAUCCAUUAUAUUGCCCCAACGAGUUGGAAAAGGAAAAUUUUAUGGGUGUUAAGCGUGCUGCUCAAAGAAAGUUAUUCCAUGAAUUAGGAAUAAAAGCUGAGCAGGUUCCGCUCGAUGAUUUUCGCUUCCUAACGAGAAUUCAUUAUAAGGCAAAGUCCAACGAAACUUGGGGAGAGCAUGAAAUUGACUAUAUCCUAUUCAUACAGCGUGAUGUUGAGGUAGACAUGCAGCCGAAUGAGGUCAUGAGUUAUCGCUAUGUUAGUAAAGAAGAACUCAAAGAAAUACUCGAUACUGCUGAUGCCAAUAAUAUCGUGAUAACACCGUGGUUCAGACUGAUUGCCAAGAGCUUUCUCUUCAAAUGGUGGGAUAUUUUAGACUCUUUGCAAACACAAGUUGAUGAACAUACCAUUCAUAGAAUGUUUGAAGAUUACUAA